CAGGUCCUGCCCGCCGCCCGCGCCGCCGGCCUGUCCAAGAUGGAGGGGGCUCCCCGGGCGCCGUUCGCCCUCCGGCUGCUUUUGCUCGCGGCGCUGCCGGCCGCUGUGUGGCUGACGACGGGCCCCCCUGAGCCGCCGCCGGCGCCCGGAGCCCCGAAGGACAGCAUCAGAAUUAAUGUAACUACCCUGAAAGACGGUGGGGAGGCAUCUCGAGAACAGGUGAUUCUUAACAUAACCUAUGAGAGUGGACAGGUCUAUGUAAAUGACCUCCCUGUAAAUAGUGGGGUCACCCGAAUCAGCUGUCAGACUUUGAUAGUGAAGAAUGAAAAUCUAGAAAAUUUGGAGGAAAAAGAAUAUUUUGGAAUUGUCACUGUAAGGAUUUUAGUUCAUGAGUGGCCUAUGACAUCUGGUUCCAGUUUGCAGCUAAUUGUCAUACAAGAAGAAGUAGUAGAGAUUGAUGGAAAACAAGCUCAACAAAAGGAUGUCACUGAAAUUGAUAUUUUAGUUAAGAACCAGGGAGUACUCAGACAUACAAACUACACCCUGCCUUUGGAAGAAAGCAUGCUGUACUCCAUUUCCCGAGACAAUGACGUUUUGUUUACCCUUCCCAACCUCUCCAAAAAAGUAGAAAGUGUUAGUUCGUUGCAGACCACCAGCCAGUACCCCAUCAGGAGCAUGGAGACCACCGUAGAAGGAGAGGCUCUACCUGGCAAAUUACCUGAGACUCCUCUCAGAGCAGAGCCUCCGUUUCCCUAUAAGGUGAUGUGUCAGUGGAUGGAGAGGUUCAGGAAGGACCUGUGCAGGUUCUGGAGCAGCGUUUGCCCAGUGUUCUUCAUGUUUUUGAAUGUCAUGGUGGUCGGAAUUAUAGGAGCAGCUGUGGUGAUAACCAUCUUAAAGGUGCUUUUCCCAGUUUGUGAAUACAAAGGAAUUCUUCAGUUGGAUAAAGUGAAUGUUAUACCUGUGACAGCUAUCAACUUACAUCCAGAUGGUCCUGAGAAAACAGUGGAAAACCGUGGAGAUAAAACAUGUGUUUAAAACACCGUCUCAAAUCAUUGACUUUGAAUUAGUCUUUUGGCUCUAAAUUUGCCACUUGAAUAUAAUUUUCUUUAAAUCAUUAAGAAUCAGUUUAUACACUAGAGAAACUGCUAAACUAAAACUGCCUAAAACUUGACCUUUAAAGUGACAAGUUAAAGUUCACCUUAUUCUAUACCAGGGCUGGCUAUUCAGAUGAUGAAUUGUUAAGGAAAAUUUAAAUGAAGUGGAAGAGAAGACAAGUGAAGAAACUUUGAAAUUACCAAAAAGAAAAAAAAAGGCAAGACAAAAAUGCCAUGUGCCAAUACUUUUCAAGGUGCCUUUGUUAAGGGAAUUAUAUCCACUUAAUUACUAUAAUAUAUAAGACUUUAUGAAAAGCACUUUAUGAAAUUCUAAUUUAAACGCUCGAGAACUUAACACUUAUUUUUUUAUUCAGUAAAAUGUGCCUUUAUAUUAAGUACGUGACUAGUAUAAAAUCACUGAAGUGUAUAAUGAUUUGACUGUAUCCUGUACCAAGACUACUUACCUUGAAUACACCAGGAUUUAAAAAUAGUAGUGACAUGUUCUCACUCUAAAAUAAACUUUUUUUGAGAAAAAAAA